GACUAUCUAGGAUUGUGUAUCCAUCCCUGGUGGAUCACUGGAUCAUGGAUCACUGGAUCUCUUCUACGGGCCGGCCCUAACGGUACCAGACAUGAAUUAUCUAUCAUUCAUUCUCCAAAUUCUCUGUCUACGACUGGCGACCACCAACAGGAAGUCGGGAGACGAAGGUGAUAUGAAUGGCAGCAAACAUACUACUACCAGCCUAAACAAUCACAGGCAUAUCAUAGCAACCAUGAGUAAGAAUCAUCACAACAAGGCGUCGAAGGAGGAUGGAAUGCCAGCCCAUCGGAUCAUUCUCUCUGAAGCCGACCUUAGCAGAAACACUCCGUACUUUUUUUGGCAGCCUGAUCCAGCCCCAAGCCCUUCCAGCGCUCUGGCGAGAAACACCCCUACUGUGAGGAUCAUGAUGGAAAUAGAUUCCUCUCAGCCCAUCAGGAUGUCACCCUGGCGCGCGAUUGAUUGGCCAUGCCGGGCGGAGGGCGAUACGCUUCCAAGUCCUUAGGGUACAACCGGGAGUCCGUACGUAUUGUAUGACAUCCUGUCCAUCUGAUCAGGGCCCCUCCCACUCUUUUCGGGGGUUUUCUGGCUGAGCCUGGAGCCAUGCCCUCGUCGCCUGCGGUAUCGAUCGUAUCGUCCUGUAACCCGCG